AUCGAGGAUACUGGAUAAUGUAUUGAAAUCACAAAGCGAACAAAAUGGCUGCGAAAACCGUAGCAUUGUUUAUUUAUUUUCUAUUGUUGUUCGUUUACGUAAAGUGUGAUAUUUUGUGCCAGAAUGGAUACUGCCAGGACUACCUCCUGGACCCGGGCUGCGCGAGCACCGCGGCGGAGUGCCGCAUCAACAACGCCACGCACGCCGGCAUAUGGCUACCGUCACCCACCACCUGCAACUGCUGCGAGUUGUGUCUGCCGCUCUACGGUGCGGGCAGCGACUGCAGCCGCGGCGGUCCCGGUGUGGGCUCAACGGUCGGCCGCUGCGGUCACGGCCUCUACUGUGAUGCGGACACAUUAAAAUGCGUCAGAAUGAAGUCGAAAUGUCACGACGCGCAGGACGACUACGACGCGCGUCACGAGCGCGGAGAGACGGGCGCGCUGGAGACGCGGCCCUACUGCGACGGCAAGGGCAACUUCGCACCCUUCCACUGUAUACCGACGCAGACAUGUUUCUGUCAGUCAGAUGAAGGGGAGCGAUUAUUUGGGGAGGUGCCUUACAGAAGCGCAACGCAAAACAUGCCAUGUGGCUGUUCCCGUAUGCACGAGAAAAUCACGAAACAAAUCGAGCCAGGCGUUCCCUACCCAGUGAUCGCACCGAGAUGCACCUCGGAUGGGAAUUUCAACCCUGUUCAGUGUUUGAAUAGGACCUGCUAUUGCGUGAACAAAAUCACCGGGGAAGCUAUUGAUCAUCACACGAUAGACCUAGAUGAAGAACCCAUUUCUAAAUUACCAUGCUACGAUGCAGAGCUAGAUCUGUUCCCGAGUCAGUCCCAAGGUAAUCCGCCGUACAACCACACAACGCCCUGUUACUUGAGCAUCGACGAACGAAAAGCACUGAUCAUCCAGAGUAUUGAGGAGGGGUUCAACGUGGACUUCUUCUCAACCUUCAACUCCAUCCGAUGUCUGCCCGAUGGGACCUACGGGAGAAUUUACAGAAACGCGAAUGGCUCGAAAAUUUGCGGAGACGAAAGGGGUAUAAGGAUAGGUAACUAUGAGGCGGCACCGAGCACUCCAGAGUAUGACACCAUGAAUUGCAAAUGCGCAUUAGCCUUAUCGCUAAUGGAGUCGUCAUAUGAGCCGCCGAGGUGCUGCAAGAACGGCAACUUUAGGAGCGUGCAGUGCCGCCGCGGACAGUGCCGCUGCGUCGACGACGACGGCCGCCAGGUCGGCACGGAAACCAGUGACGUCACCAGUUUACCCUGCUACACCGCCAACUGGAAAGAAUGUUAAAUAAAAUUAUAAGAUCAAUCAU